CGUGUUUUCCGCCCGCAGCUGAGACCAGAGGCAGGCUCCACUGGUGGAGAGUGUGCAAAGAAUUGUGUCUGGCAGAAAACACUCAACCCCUUUAGGAGAAUAAUUCCUUCCAAAGCUCUCAUGAUGAGUCUCCAGUGGGCAACAGUGGCCACUUUUCUGUAUGCAGAAGUCCUCCUAGUUUUUCUCCUUUGCAUACCUUUCAUCUCUGCAACAAGAUAUUCCAAAAUCUGAAAAAAUUUCAAAUCCCAAACACUUCUGAUCUUGAGCAUUUCAGAUAAGGGAAUCUUAACCUUAUACAUUACUUUUUUCUAUUCUGUUAUAGAUGCCAUUCGUGAGAUCCGGAAAUAUGAUGAUGUGACUGAAAAAGUGAACCUGCAGAAUAAUCCUGGUGCUGUUGAGCAUUUUCACAUGAAGCUCUUCAGAGCGCAGCGAAACCUCUACAUUGCCGGCUUCUCAUUACUGAUGGCCUUCUUGCUGAGGCGCCUAAUCACCCUGAUCUCUCAACAUGCCACCGUCCUGGCCUCUAACGAAGCUUUCAAGAAACAGGCUGAAGGAGCCAGCGAUGCCGCCAAGAAAUACAUGGAGGAGAACGAUAAGCUGAAGAAGCAACUGAAGUUGGCGGGAGUGGAAGUAGCUGAUCUGGACACCAGAGGUGCCGGAGCGGAAGAAGAGAACAAAUCCCUGCAGGCUGAAGUAAAAAAGCUGAAGGAGGAAUUGGCCUCCACAAAGAAAGCUCUGGAGAAAGCUGACAACGAGGCCCUGGCUAUGCGCAAACAGGCCGAAGGACUGACCAAGGAGUACGACAGGCUGCUGGAUGAACACACCAAGCUCCAGGUGUCUCACGAUGGCCCAAAGGAUAAGAAGGAAGAAUGAUCCCCAUAUCAGCAGUUCUGGCCAGUCUCCAUACUACCUGCUGUUGCUGUACACUCAUCUUUUUAUUUUUAUUUUCUUUUUGGUGAGAGGUGGGAUCUAACUGAGCUCCCCCACCCCAAUCCUGGGCAUAAGUUUGGGUGGCAUAACCAUCCUAGCAUCAUUUUCUCCCACCCACCCUACUCUUCUACACAACACCCUUGAUUCUACAGCUUUUGAAUGGACUGCUCACCUUCUCUAUGCUCACUGUCCAAAAUUUUCUGGAUAAGAGACUAGCGAUCAGUUUACCAGAAUGGGACUUUGUUUGACUUCACAUCCCAGGGGAUUUUUCGCAAGGGGAUGAGAACAGCCUUCCUUGUUGUGGAGGCUGGAUUCCUAAGGUCAAAAAGCAUUUUGACAUGCUGUGGUGAGAGUUGAUUGGCUAUUUUGGCAUGCGCUCUUAAUGCUGCUGCCCCUCGUCUUUUGGCAGUGUCUGCUUUCCCCAAGUCUUUAAAGUGUUGUAUCCCAGGGCUAGAGUGAAUACAAGCAGGGCAUGUAUCAGUGUGCUUAUUAUAUGCUCUUGUUAGUAUUGCCUGGGUUUUGGGGGGGAAAGAUCUGUAUUCAUGCUCCUCUAAUUUUUUUAUGUAUGUAUAUUUACAGACAAGGUGACUGUAAAGCUACACAUUAAAUUUCUGGAACAAUG